AUCUUGGGAAACUUUUAAUAUUUGCGCAGCAAGGCAUACACAAAAUUCGACCUUUAGUUGGGAUUCCAAUUAUUGAACAAAAAUUAAUGUCACGAUUACAACGAGCAGUAGAAGUUGCAGCUUUCUUGUUUGAGAUUUUCACUACAUUUGGACCGCCACUAAUUCUUCAAUUACAUAAUGGAAAGGAACCGAGACAUCCUACAAGUCAAGGUUCAGUACAAGUGGAAUUCUUGAAUCAAAGCUAG